AUGCUUGCCUUCCUAACACGGUCAGUUUAUGGAUGCUUCAUCGCUGCCAUUCGAGGCGAAGUUCGAAAGUUUUUCGACAUCCAGGGCCGCGAUGAGCUGGACGCGUAUGCUGGAUGCUACUGGCCCGUCGAGACUCUCAUCCAAACCGAGAACGAGAUCAUUCUUCGACAAUCCAGGUGGCGAAAAGAAAGCCGACCCUUGCCUUCCACCGGGUACACACCACACUCUCCUAUGACUUAUCCUUCGAGUUCAAGCUCGACAAGUCAAGCAACCACUCCCAACACGGAAUGCGAUGAGCCGCUCCCACGCAUCCCCGAAGAGUGUUCGACUGGAGCUCCAUCUUCGAUGAGCAGUCGCCGUACCAGCGUAAGACGACAACGGGAGAGAUCGAUUGCCCGUGAUCCAGUCGCACCCACAGAUGCGACCCUCGUCAACGCCCACAGACUCAGCCAGGACCCAACUACGCCGGCCAUGCAGAAGGGCCACUCAGCCCCCCAUAGACUCAGCAAAGAUCCAACUACGCCGCGUGAUCCCCUCGUCAACGCUCACGAACUCAGCCAGGACCCAACUUCGCCGCGUGAACCAGUCGCGCCCACAGAUGCGACCCUCGUCAACGCCCACAGACUCAGCCAGGACCCAACUGCGCCGGCCAUGCAGAAGGGUCACUCAGCCCCCCAUAGACUCAGCAAAGAUCCAACUACGCCGCGUGAUCCCCUCGUCAACGCUCACGAACUCAGUCAGGACCCAACUACGCCGGCCAUGCAGAAGGGUCACUCAGCCCCCCAUAGACUCAACGAGGACCCAGCUUCCCUGUCGCAUUCGCCUCCUACCCAUCACAUCUAG